AUGUUUCAGAGUUCUUCUGCGCGAGUGGAUGUGAUGGGGGCUGUCUAUGAGAAUGUAAAUGCCAUUAGAGGUCACAACCCUGACACAAAGACGGAAGAUGCAAAUAGAAGUCUGGAAGCACGACGCACAGGAGGAAGCACUGCAUGGAGCUGGUGUUACAGAGUGACUGCAGUGUGUGUGGUGCUGCUGUAUGUUCUCCUGCUGACUGCCAUCACAGUGCUCUGGAUCAAAUACAACAUCCUGACUACUGAAAACAACCAGUUACAGACCAGUUACAUCAACCUGACUAUAGAGAGAGACCAGUUACAGACCAGUUACAACAACCUGACUAUAGAGAGAGACCAGUUACAGAGGGAGACAGAUGGAUGUCUGGGAAAAUUUUGUGAUUUGUUCAAACGAAAGUGUUUCAGCUUCAACUCCAGUCUUUAUUUCAUGUCUAAUGAGAACAAGAGCUGGACUGAGAGCAGACAGGACUGCAGGGACAGAGGAGCAGACCUGGUGAUCAUAAACAGCAGAGAGGAACAGGAGUUCAUGGGUAAACAGCUGGGCACCUUUGAGGGUUGGAUUGGUCUGAGUGACAGAGAUACAGAGGGAGAGUGGAAAUGGGUGAACGGUACACCACUGACUACUGCGUCCUGGGCUAAAGGGGAACCGAAUGAUGUAGGUGAUGAAGACUGUGCUGUAAUUUUUAGUGCUCCAAAUGUGACCGUCUGGAAUGACAAGAAAUGCUUUAUUAAACAACCCUGGAUCUGCAAGAAGCAUUUUUCAUAGUGAAGUUUAUUAUUUUAUGUCAUUCUGUUUUGCCAGUACUGUUUCUGAGUGUGUGAGUCUUUGGAUCUAAGUCUCUUCGGUGGAGUGUUGAGCUUCAUUGGUGUUAUUUUAAUGUAGUUUAAAAAAAAAACAGAAUAACAGUA